UCCUUCCCAAAGAUCUUCUCGUCGAACGUUCAACGAGGAGUCAGAGUAUCUCGACAGGGUUGGUCACGUUUAAUUCGACUCAACGUGUCGGAUUGAAGAAACAGAGUGAUUGUUGUUCAUAAAAUAACGUCAGUUGACAUUUCGCUUGUUGACAGCUGGUGCGAGCUCAAAACCGACAGUUAAUAUCAGGAUGGCGGAGGCGCCAGGUACUUCUAGCGAGACGAUAACGGAGACCGUUCAAGUUGACACACCGCCACCGCCCCAGCAGGAGGGACGUAGCCUGACCAUCAAGCUGAGGAAGAGAAAGACUGACAAGAAGGUGGAGUGGUCCAGCGACACAGUGGACAACGAGCAUCUGGGAAGGAGGUCCUCCAAGUGUUGCUGCGUCUACGAGAAGCCCAAACAGUUUGGGGAGUCCUCCUCUGAAAGUGAGGGAGAUGACGGCGACGAGGGCUGUGGAAGUGCACACUGCAUUCUAGGACAUGGGAAAGACGGCAGGCAUGGACACAGAGGAGGGGGUGGGGGGAGUACGGUUCCUCCAAGCUCUGGGGGAUCACAUGCCCACUAAUGAUUAGGAAUGGUGCUGAGGGAGGAAUGGAGCGUAGGGGUUCUUCAGUCGAUGACAAUGACACAUUAUACUGCUACACACACGCUCUCAUUUAGUUCAGUCACUGCAGUACCUGAGAGGAAAAGGACGCGACAGAUAAAAAUGAGGGAGGGAGAGAGCCUAUAUUUCUGCCUGUUUGAUAAGAAAAAGGGGUACAAUCAUUUUCCUUAUUUUUAUAAAUAAUAUUUUUCCUUAUUUAUUGAUUUGUCGUAAUACUUGAUUUUACUUAAUUAUGUGGCAGUAUCUUAGCCUGAGUGCCAGACAGUGUUCCUUCUUGUCAAACAAGGAUUUGGAAAGAUGAUUAUGUAACAUUGUAGAGUGCAUAAAUAGUCUAGUACCCAGGCUACCACUGGGUCUGGGUCCCAAAUGACACCCUGUUCCCUAUAUACAGCCCUGGUCAAAAGUAUUCACUUUAAAUUCAUAAUUUAAAUGACAGGUUGUAAUGGAACAAAA